AUGAGGCUGUGCGGCGACUGCAGGGCUGCAGAGGGAGUCGUGCACGGAAAAGACGGCCAUGGGAGUCAGGUUUCUGUAUUCAGCACUGCUGCUGCAGCGGAUGCCACAGCGGCACUCUCUUCUUUCAACAGAGACACUCACGCCAGCAAAGUUUAUCUGGCGGGAGAAGAAUAUCUCAAUGAUGAAGGUCACACUUUUGUACUGCCACUUGUUAAAAAAAUUAAGCAGCAGAUAUUCACAGAUCCCACUCUUUUUUCGGAGAACUAUUCAUCAUCCCUUGGCCUGACUGAAUUUACCAGAAGAGCUACAGAACUGGCUCUGGGGACCAACUCUCGUGCUGUAUUGGAGAACAGGGUCUUGGGGGUCCAAACUGUUGGUUUCACUGGUGCUGUGCGCUUGGGGGCUGAACUCUUGAGACAACAUUGGUAUGGGAUCGGUGCUGCUUGGUGUGGCCCAGUCUACCUCUCUUCACCUUUUGAAGCUUCAUUGGCCAGCACCUUCCAGGCAGUGGGGAUCCAAGAUGUCCGUCAGUAUUACUACUGGAAUGAUGAACAGCGAGGUGUUGGUUUGGAGAAGCUGCUGGAGGAUCUGGAGAGGGCACCGGAGCAGAGCGUUGUUGUUCUGUCUGCCUCUGCCCACUUCCCUACCGGAGCAGACCUCUCGCAGAAGCAAUGGAAAGUGGUCGGGCAGCUCAUGAUGAGACGCAGUCUUCUCCCAUUUUUCUUACUGCCUGCACAGGGGCUUUGCUAUGGAGACCUGGAGCGGGAUGCUUGGCCUCUGCAGUAUUUUGAAUCACUGGGAAUGGAGCUCCUAUGUGCUCAGUCCUUCUCCCUCUGCUUUGGAUUGUAUGGUGAACAUGUCGGCCACCUCCUAUGUGUCUUAAGGCAGAACUCCAUCCUAUUAGCUGUGCAGUCUCAAGUAGAGAAACUGGUGAGAGCACUAUGGGCCCAACCAUCUGUAGGCACAGCACGUGUCAUUGCCACGGUGCUCAGUAACCCUGCUCACCUCAGCGAGUGGCAGGACGAGGUUAAGCACAUUGUGGAGCGCUGCAUGUUGAUCAGAGAGCGGCUGAGAGAGAGACUAAGGAUCCUGGGAUCUCCAGGCUGCUGGGACCACCUGACUCAACAGGGUGGACUGUACUCCUGUACAGGACUAAAUGGUCAGCAAGUGCAGUUCCUGUCAAAGAGGAGACACAUCUACCUGCUUCCUAACGGUUGCCUAAAUGUGAGUGCAAUAAACAGCCAUAACCUCAGCUACGUCGCUCAGUCCAUCCAUGAAGCCCUGACAUCUCCGGUCUGACCUGGACAUGGAAGCAUCCUCUCUCUUCAGUUGACUGAGACACUGGAAAGAAGCACCUUUUAUGCUUGUAUCCUGAAUGUUUGACCACUUUCCAGUCAUUAUAAUCGAUAACUUGUUGUAA